AUGAUGCGAGCAGGAGGAGUGAUGAUGGUGCGCCGCGUGCUGCUGGUACUUGCCCUGUGCUGCGCUUGUGUCUGCGUGACGGCUGCUGCAGAGCCGGGGAAGGCAGCUGUCCAGAAUUCCGGUACCUCAGUUGCCCAGCAGAAAGUGAAUAUUAACACUGAAAUAAAGACAAAAGAAGAGAGUGUUAAGACUGUACAGAAGGCCGAAGGUGCUCUUAAAACGGCUGUUGCGGCAGUUGAAGCUGUGGAAAAGACAGUGGAAACUGCAUUGAGUUUAUCCAAUGAAGGUAUUGUGAACGCCAAGGCGGCCGUGGCUAGUGCGACUGAAGCAGGAACGGGCGCUGGGACCGCGUUUUCUGAACUUACAGAGGUUUAUGAUGCGCUGGAAAAGAAGUAUAAUACCAAGAAUUUUUUUACCCCCAUAGAAAACAGUGAGACGGGGGUGAAAGAAGCGUUGCUGAAGGCAGCGGCUGCGGCGACGGUUGUUCUGAAUGCGAUGCAGAAGGCUACUGAAGCAGAGAGCAAAGCCAACUGGAUCGCGGAGAAGGCGCUGGCCGCUGUGGAGCAAGCACAGGAUGUGUCAGCUAGAGCAAAGGAGGCAGCUAGUGAUGUCUCUGCGGCUGCGACAAACACAGAGGGCGCAGCAUUGAAGGCCAAGGAGGCAGUGCAAGCGUUUACAAAAGCAGUUGAGAGCGCAGAGAAGGCUGCAGUGGAGGUAAACAAGACUGCUGCGAAGGCCCAAGAGGUCUCUGCCAAAGCAAAGGAGGCAGCCUGGCUUGCUAAAAAGGCGGCAGACUACGUUGUGAAAGACGACCGUAAAGCCCUACGAAAGGGUCCAAUGGAGGAAUGUGGUGCGUACAAUUCAUUGUGCUAUACUAUGUGGUAUGUAAUCGAUAAAAUGGACCGUAUUUAUUUUGCUAAGGGUCUUGCGAACCAAUCAAAGGAAGAGGCAAAUGCAGCAGUUGUGGAAGGAGCGAAGUUGGUGAGCCUUGCAGAGAGCCUUGCAGAGAGUCUGAGGAGAGAAUACGAGGCAGCGAAGAAACACGUCGCCAAGGGAAAGUCUGCUCUUGAGGACGUGCGGGCCCAGGCAGAGACUGAGUUGAAAAGGCUUCAGGCUGAAUUGCAAACCCUGAAAAAGAAGCAGAAAGAGAUUGAAACGCAGCUGUCGUCAGCAGAACUCCCAACGACUGCGAGUGCUGAUGUGCCAAAGGUCGACCCGAAAGAGUUAAUAAAGAACAAGAAUGCGGACAGCAGCAGCAGUAGUGCGUGGGUGUGUGCCCCGCUGCUUGUUCUUGUGUGUGUGCUGUCCUGCAGCAUCGCUGUGUGGUAA